UUUUAGUAAUAAUCACGGUUACGUUUUAUUACAUUUUAUUUAUAUAUUUAUAUGUGAAAAUUAAGAAAUUACCAUUAAAUGAAUAUGAGUAAAAUAAGUGAUGAACAUUUGAAAAUAAUUGAUAUAUUCAAUCAAGUUCAAAACACCAGUUCUUGCCAUCAAAAAUGUUUAUUAAACCUUACUAAAAUUUACAAGGAGGAUCCUGCAAGGUUUUUUAUCCACUUUACCGAUAUUUUAACAACUUUAUUGGUUCAAGAUUAUAAAACCAAAAACGACUAUGUAUCCAGGACUUUAGAUUUUCUCAGUUCCUUUUUAACUAAUGAUGAUAAUACAGAUCUUUUAGUUAAGACUGUGGAGUUUUUUUUAAGUGUCCACGAUAUUGUUGAUGAAAAUGCACGAUUUCGAUCUUGUCAGUUCAUAAAUGUAUUAUUUAAUCAUAUGGUAGGAGGUGAAAUUACAGAAGAAUUAUGUGAUGCUGUCCAAGAAGCAAUGCUUGAAAGAUUAAAGGAUGGAAAAGCAGAAAUUCGUCUUCAAGCUGUUACUGCAUUGUAUCGCUUGCAAAAUCCUUCAGAUUUGAAUGAUCCAAUAAUUAAUUCAUAUAUUUUGCAUAUGUCAUCUGAUUCAAACAGUAAGGUACGCAAAGAAUGUAUAGAAAGGGUGGCCCCCAGGAAGGAUGUUAUACCCUACAUUAUUGAAAGGACAAAAGAUGUAGAUGUUCAGGUUCGAAUUUCUGCUUUUUCUAAACUGGCAAAAUUGGUGAAGUUUAUGAAGAUAGGAGAUCGACAAAAUGUUAUAAAAUACGGUUUUCGAGAUCCUUCUGAUUCCGUUAAAGAUUUCGUUUCAAAAAAAAUGAUUACAGGUUGGCUUAGUAUUUAUAAAGACAAUAUUUUGGAAUUAUUGAAAGCUGUUCGUUUGGAUGCCGACGAAAAUGAUAUUAACGAAUCGAUGGUGACAAUUAAUUACAUUUUAAGUAGCUUAUUUAGAACCCAAACACAGAAAGAACUUCUUAGCAUAUUACCAUUGGGAGAAAAUAGAGUUAUAGACUUUGAAAAUCUUAAUUGGGAAACCAGCACUUAUUGGAGAUUUUUUGCAGGAAAAUUACGAGAAAAUACUGAAUAUGAAAACCUGUUGAAUGAAAUCCUUCCAGAACUUGUAGAAUUUGUAGUUUACAUUAAAAAAUUUUGUAUGUGGGUUUCCCAAAAAAGCGAAACGUUGAACAUGUUAGAAGUGAAUUACAUUUUAAGAGAAAUGUUUGAAAUAACUUUGGGCUAUGACAUAUCAGAUGUUGCUUCAUGCAAAGCUCUAAAUGAACUUAUACAAAUAUUAUUAUUAGAAAUCAAGUGGAUUUCUGAAGAUACAAUAAAACAAAUAAUUAAAAAUUUAGAUCAAUCGAUUCCAGAUGCUGCUAAACAGAUUCAGUUCGUUUGUGACGUUAUUUCUCAACUUCUUAGCCCACCACCUACUGAAGAGGAAAUCGCAAAGAAUAAAAACAAACAGUUUAAGAUAGCGGAAUUAAAAUUAAAACAACACAUUCUAACAGAAGAACAAAAGGAGUGCAUAAGAAAAGAGGAUUUUAUAAAAGCGGCUGCAAUUAAAACUGAUAUUCAGAAUGUUCAACAAUUAAUGAACCAUCUCGAAGCUGCAGACUUGGAAGAUGAAAACAAUGAAACCAAAACUUACGACGCCAAAAGCCUAGUUAAAUGUUUAGAUAUAAUUAUGGCGCUUUUAUUAUCUCCAAAAAUUGUAAAAUUUUCCAAAGAAUUGAGAAGUUUAAAGGAUGAUGUGAUUCAAGAUUUACUUAUACACCCUAUUGAGUUAAUUAAAAUAAAGGCUUUGAAAUGUUAUUCUCUUUGCAGUAUUUUGGAUAGUGGUACAGCCGAGACUGGAAUCCACAUUUUUAGUGCUCGUGUUUUAUCAUAUCAUGCCGGAGACGAAUGUGACAUUGAAACUUUGAUAACCUCGAUAAACACUGUGGGUGAUUUGAUUGUACUUUUUGGAUCAAAACUUGUCGUUGCACCUGAAGACCAAGGUCUUACAGACAGUAUGAAUGAACAGCAGUUGGAAAUAUUUGCAGGUGGAUCUUCACUCACAAACAUUAUUCAGGCUUUAGUUGAUUUAAUGGAUGAUGAGAUUCCAAAAGUUCAAGAAGCGGCAGGAUAUGCCCUGUGCAACCUUAUAAUGUCUAGACGAAUUCAUUCUUCUACAUUAUUUUCACGAAUGAUUUUGAAAUGGUGUAGUCCUGUAUCAGAUGCAGUUGAAACAGUUCGAUUAAAGCAACUAAUUGGUUGUGUGCUUGAAAAAUUUCCUUCCUUGCCAGAAGCUGAUACCGUUAUAGAAAAGGCAUUUAUUCAGACCAUAAAGGUCCUUCUUGAAGCUCCUGAUGAUAGUCCUUUGUCUGACGUUGACAUUAAUAAAGUCAUGAAGUGUAUGUUAGAACUGUCUUACAGCAGUCAGAAUGAUAACGCUCAUAAUAGUUUAGCAAUCGCACUUUGCCAAGAACUGAUAGAUAAAUCAAAAAGUCCUGCGUCGCUGUACUUCUCAAAAGCACUACUAUUUCUGCGACUUUCUCCUGAAGAUAAAAAUUUAAUUGAUCAUCUUUUAAAACUUUGCGACACUAUAAGAGACAAAAUUGUUAAUAAGCAAAUACUUAACAACAUCAUUAAAUUUACAACACGUUUGCUAAGUUUGUCUGACCAGAAUAAUUCUUUAGUUAAAACUGAUAAAGAAAUUUUAAAAGAAAAGAAAUCAAUUGAAAAUUAGUUUAUAUUUUUUUAUAUAUAUUUCAUUUCAUUAAUAAGCAUUAAAACAUGUGUAUGUACAACAUAUAAACAUUAAAAUUUUAUUCUUA